GAAGUUUUCACACCAAAAAAACCAGGUUUGAAAAUUGUAAGUAUAAGACUACCUCGUAACCAAAGUAGAUAGAAACAAAGCCAAAGACUUGCACACACAGUAACACCCACACCAGAAAACCAGAAAAUCUGUCUCUUUUUUUUCUUUCUUUUUCUUCUCCAAUACUUAUUUCAAGGAGACCUGUUAAAAGCAGAGUUCCAUUUCUCUAUUUUUCCACCAACCCUUUUAUUUGAUUACUUUUUUACUCUCUUGGGUAGUGCUGAUUCUUGUUGGAAUUCUUCAAUUUUGGUUACUAUUAUUUUUUUUUUUUGUAGACUUUUCCUCAGUUUGUUUUAUUGAUGACUGGCUCUUUGAUCCAAUAGUCUAAAGGGGUUUUUCUUCUUUCCACUAUUAUACUUUUUACUUGAUUUUAUAGUUGAUCAAGGAAGGCUUUGACUGCUUUUGGGUAUCCUUAUUUGAUCUUAUUUUGUUCAACUAAUCUCACUUUUGGACUAUCUUUGGUGCAAUUAUUGUCAUCUCUGUAUUGACAGGAAUCAGCAACUGAUGGAUUUGGUUAGAGCAAAAUAGGAAGAUGAGGGGUUGACUUGAAUUUAUUACUCAGCUUGUGAAGAUCAGAUCUACUAUGUUUUGUGCUAACAUAUUAAGAAAGAUUGGAUCUUGGUGUUGAAAGUAGAAGAAGUUUUAGAAAGAAAUUGGUGCAGGGCUCAAUGGGAAAUACUUGUGUUGGACCUAGCAUUACUAAAAAUAGUUUCUUCCAAUCGGUUUCUGCUGCAAUGUGGCGGACCCGAAUGCCUGAAGACUCAGGUUCUACUCAUACUAAUGGAGAAACUAGCAAUGAGGGUACACCUAGUGAACCUGAAUCACCUAUGCCUGUCCAAAGCAAACCCCCAGAACAAGUUACAAUACCAAAAUCGGAAACUAAACCGGAAACUAAACCAGAAACUAAACCAGAACCAGCACAAGUCACAAAAGCCAAGAAACAGCCUCACUUGAAGAGGGUGUCUAGUGCAGGGCUCCGUACCCAAGUUUUACAAACAAGGACUGGUAAUUUUAAGGAAUUUUUCACUUUGGGGAAGAAAUUAGGACAAGGCCAAUUUGGGACCACAUAUCUAUGUGUGGAGAAGGCUACAGGGAAAGAGUAUGCUUGCAAAACUAUUGCAAAGAGGAAGUUGAUAACACAUGAGGAUGUGGAGGAUGUGAGAAGGGAAAUUCAGAUCAUGCACCAUUUGAAGGGACAUCCUAAUGUUAUAUCUAUCAAGGAAGCUUUUGAAGAUCCGAUGGCAGUUCAUGUUGUGAUGGAGAUAUGUGCAGGUGGUGAGCUUUUUGAUAGGAUCAUUAAGCGUGGGCAUUACACAGAAAGAAAGGCAGCUGAGCUUACUAGGACUAUAGUUGGGGUUGUGGAAACUUGUCAUUCGCUUGGAGUGAUGCAUCGAGACCUUAAGCCUGAGAAUUUUCUCUUUGUCAAUAACCAAGAGGAUUCACUUCUCAAAACUAUCGACUUUGGCCUAUCGAUAUUCUUCAAACCAGGCGAAAGAUUUUCUGAUGUGGUUGGCAGCCCAUAUUAUGUUGCACCAGAAGUUCUACGAAAGCUUUAUGGUCCAGAAGCAGAUGUUUGGAGUGCUGGGGUGAUUCUAUACAUUCUAUUAAGUGGAGUGCCUCCCUUUUGGGCUGAAUCCGAGCAAGGGAUAUUCGAACAGGUCCUGCAUGGUGAUCUUGACUUCACUUCUGACCCUUGGCCUAGUAUAUCUGAAAGUGCAAAAGACUUAGUGAGGAAAAUGCUUGUUCGAGAUCCUAGGAGACGACCAACUGCGCAUGACGUUUUGUGUCAUCCCUGGGUGCAAAUCGAUGGAGUUGCUCCUGACAAGCCUCUUGAUUCUGCAGUUUUAAGUCGCUUGAAGCAUUUUUCUGCUAUGAACAAGCUCAAGAAAAUGGCUCUUAAAGUCAUUGCAGAGAGCUUAUCUGAAGAAGAGAUAGCUGGCCUAAAAGAAAUGUUCAAAAUGAUAGACACGGACAAUAGUGGUCAAAUCACUUAUGAAGAACUCAAGGCUGGUUUGAAAAGAGUAGGAGCUAAUCUUAAGGAGUCUGAAAUUUAUGAUCUGAUGCAUGCAGCAGAUAUUGAUAACAGUGGAACCAUUGAUUAUGGAGAAUUCAUUGCUGCAACAUUGCAUCUGAACAAAAUUGAGAGAGAGGAUCAUCUAUUUGCAGCUUUUUCCUACUUCGAUAAGGAUGGAAGUGGUUAUAUUACUGCUGAUGAGAUUCAAAAAGCUUGUGAGGAGUUUGGCAUAGAAGAUGUUCGCCUGGAAGAUUUGAUCCAAGAAGUAGAUCAGGACAACGAUGGAACAAUAGAUUACAAUGAGUUUGUGGCGAUGAUGCGAAAAGGAGACCCUGUAGGUGUUGGUAAGAAGGGUCUAGAAAAUAGUUUCAGCAUUGGAUUUAGAGAGGCUCUACGACUGUAAUCGCAAAGGCAGCAGGUAGAUUCUUGAUUCUUUCUUCUUUGUUCUAACCUUUUGAGAAAUCAAAGAUUGUAUAGUAGGAGCCUUGGUGCUCAUCUAAGAAGCAGAAAGGCUUUUUUAGAGUAUAAUUGUUGGAUUUAUUCAGAUUUCAGUGAGUUUGGAAACAGCAAUCAGCCCUUCAAUUGUAUUGCAUCAUACUAUGCAAAGGAAAAACUUGUAUGGUUUAAGUGUUGCCCUUUUCCUGUAUUCAAAUUGGUUAUGGCAGAAACAUUCGGACAUUCUUGGAAGUGCAACAAUGUGUUCUCUUUGUUGGUAAAUUAUACAUGCAUCUAGGGGGUUUUGGAUCCACAA